CUACAGUGCCACACAGCACGGAGCUGACAUGAAGCUGCUGCUCAGGGUGGGGCUUUGAGUCACAUUUGUCCCAGCAGCGGGGAAGCAGGGUCGGGCAUUAGUUCCUGCAGCUUGCUGUCUGCUCUGUGGCUGGGCUCCUGCAGCUCCUGGGUGGAAUGGAUGUGAACUUGGUCACUGUUUUGGCUGUUCUAGCAGUCACGGUUAGCCGGACAUCUGAAACUUUGUUUCCUGGAGCCUUUAGCUGUUGCAUGAAAAUUUCAGAUGAAAUUCCCAAAGCAUUGCUCCGAAGAGUGGAGAGGUUUGAGAUCCAGAAAGUGGAUGGCCUGUGUCACCUGGAAGCUGUAAUUCUCUACAUAGAAAGCAAGAAGUUUUGUGUGAGUCCAUGGAUUAGAAAACUUAAAAAAUGGAUGAAGAGGAAUAAGCACAAGACUCAGAGAAAAAAACUUCAUGGUAGAAAGCAGAGAAGAGCCAAAAUUAAACAGAAACAGAGAAAACAGUAACAUGAUGAAGAAAGCCCUAUAAUGAAGAUAUCUGUGACAUAUGGAUCGGUGAACGAAAAUACCAGACUUCAUCAACAACAGAUGAUUGUAUCAUUAAAAUGACUUUUCAAAUAUCUAUAUGCUAGAGAAAGCAGUGGCAGAAAACAUAACCUGUACAGAGGAAUGAUGCUGGUCAGCCUGCCAGCCAAAGGACAAACUGUUCCUGACAAUGCCUUGUAGCAAGUGUUCUGCCUUACCUCCUAGUUCUAUUAGACUCAAAUCUUCCUUAAUCCCACCCUGAUUUCAUGGUUACCUCCCCUGUUAUUUCUAUUUCAACAAGCCAGUAUGCAGCUCCUCAUUGCGCCAUUUCUCCAGUCCCUUCAUCCCUAUUCUUUCCUGUUUCCUGUUUGUGCUGCUGCCUAUUUUGUUUCUGCUAUCCAAGUUUUGAGUAUAUGGGGAUUUUUCUUAUAUUAUUUUAUAGAUACCUUACCAGAUCCUAGUGCUGUUUAAGCUGGCCACACCCAUACCUGUUCCAAACAAUCUCUGCUCCCAGCUGUUAUUAUCACAAAAUAUAAUUUCAUUGAUAAUAUUGGAGGCUGUUCAUUGUGCUCCUAAGUGUGGCAGGCAAAGCUAUGCAAUAAAAAAAAAAAAAAUUUGUAUUGCUUUUGUUAGUCCAAUUCCCCUUUAAAAUCCUUCAACUGGGUCCUUCCUAUUCUCUGCUGAAUUUCUCAUAAUUAUCAUUGAGGACUGAAUGUGUCCUUCAAGGCCUUUCUUUUCAGACCAGUAAUGGUGCCACAGCUUCCCUCCCACUGCAUGGCACCGGUUCCUCCUGUGUAGCACAGCCUCUAACCCCCUCCCUUCUUCUUAGAAUCUUCAAACUAAAGAGGGAAAAUAGAGGUCUUAAAAAGAGUAAGAGCCAUAGAAUGCAA